AUGGCCUUGCAUUCUACAUCAGACGACUCCGUCAAUCGGCUCUGCUCCCAAUAUCUCCAGCUCGAGGCAACGCUUGAUUACCCACCCGCCCAGGUUAUCCGAGAACCAACAGCCCAGAAUGCAAUCUACAAGAGGCUAUUUUCAGACGAAGGCCCACGUUACGCUCCUCCAGCCCGAUAUCGACUGCGAACUCUCAAGGAGCUCGUUGCGAUAAUCGAGUCCAGUAUCGAGGACUGGGACCAGCAUGAGGUUUCGGAAGAUCUCAUGACAGCAUUAUCUGAGUCUCUCGCAACUCCAAUCCCUUCCGAGGCGUCUUCCGUCCAGCAAAAGUCCUAUGUCACGUAUCACCUCAGUGGAAUUGAGCAACAUUCAUCAGAUCAGGCGGCGUCCAAACCUGACAUCACCCUGCUUGAGGCCCGCUCGCUGAUCUCUGCUUCUGGCACCACAGGCCUCCGAACCUGGGAAGCCGCGUUGCACCUUGGACAAUACCUAUGCGCCAACCGGCAGAUCAUCACGGGAAGAAGGGUUCUAGAACUUGGCGCAGGCACGGGAUACCUGGCCAUUCUCUGCGCCAAGCACCUCGCCGCCGCUCGUGUCGUUGCCUCGGACGGGUCUGAUGAUGUUAUCAACAACCUCCCCGAGAGCUUUUUCCUCAAUGAUCUUCAAGAUAGCGAACUCGUCAGACCAAUGGAACUGAGAUGGGGACAUGCCUUGGUCGGAACAGAAGACCAGCAGUGGAACAAUGGCGAGAGCGUUGACGUUGUCAUCGGAGCCGAUAUCACGUACGACAAGAGCGUCAUUCCGGCGCUUAUCGCGACGCUCGAAGAGCUCUUUUCCCUGUUUCCUACGGUGGAAGUUCUGAUAUCUGCUACCCAGCGCAACGAGGUCACUUUCGAGGCCUUCUGCGGCCGCUGCCGGCAGCGCGGCAUGAGCUUGGACUACGUCGACUUCGCUAUUCCUGCCAGAGCUCAACAGCAGGGACCGUUUUACAGCGAUAGCGUCCCUAUUCGGAUAUGCCGAGUGUCUGCACCGUCAACUACAGGCGUGAUGUGGUGA